UUUUCGAAACAAAACAUCCCCCCCCCCCGAAAAGCAGAAUCUAAUUGUGAUUUUGUUGUGUUUCGAUAUUUUUGCACAGAAGUUAAAAAUGAACUUAAAAUUUGUGUCCGAAAAUGGAAGAUAUGAACUUAAAGCAAAGAAAAGUUGAUGAGCAACACUCUUCGAAUGGCGCAUAUAAUGUCACAAGGCAACGCCAAUCUCUUUCUCCCAUGCGUAGGCAAUCCCUUCUAGCUGCCCAGAUGCAGAAGGUUCUUCCAGAUUCUUCUGGUCUGAAAAAUAUUAUGGGGUCAAAAAAAAUGAAAGAAAUGUUAGAUCAACAUUUCUCGGCAAAAUCCUCAAAAAGAACUUCAUUGCCUUAUAUUACGACAAAAAGAAGAGUUUCUUUUCUUUCUUCUCGUCCGAGAGCUUCAUCUGUGUCCCAAAUUCAAGGUGAGCUACCAGAAUAUCAUAUUCCUGUCAAAGAAGAGGAGAUGCAUCAUUCAGAUCUUCGUAAACUUCCUUUUUCACUUCAUGAGAAGCGAAAAUAUCGUUCCUAAGUAGAAUAAAAUACUUCUGUAAAAGGCAUGCAUCUAAAUUUACGCUGUGGAAUAAUUCUUUAAAAACCAUUGAAGGUCAACAUGGUGCAGGUGUUGUUUCAUAUUUUCUUUUUAUUCGCUGGCUCUUCAUUAUGAAUAUUCUCAUCUUUCUCGUAAACUUCAUUUUUCUAAUAUUGCCUCAUGUUCUACUCUAUGAUCACAAUCAACCUCAAAAAAUCCAAAUUCCAGAUCUUGAAAGUUAUGUUCAAAAGAUUUUGAGAUCACCUGUAUCCAUUGUCUCAAGCAAUGAGAAAAAUAUAUCCGUCUUGAGUUGGUCUAAUGAUAACAUUUCUUGGAACGUAUUCCAAAAAAUAAAACUUACAAAUCAUAAUAUUGCUGAACUUAAUUCUUACUGUCAUCAAAAGUAUACAGAGGAAGUGCAGAAAACGUCUAAGGGUGGAGGAGUGUCAACCUAUGCACAGAAUUUGCUUCAAGGAACUGGCUUUAUGGAAACAACACUAAUGUUUCUUGGUUCAUAUACAUCCAAUGACUUUUCCUAUCUUGGGCAUAGAUAUUAUGUACCAGUUGCAUUUCUUUGCACACAGAUGCUAACAGCAUUUUUGUGUUUAUUUAUGAUGGUUCAGUAUUCUUCUUUUGGUUUAAGAGAGAGCUUUUUAACAAGAAGUGACUUGCAAAACUAUUGUAAUCUAGUGUUUUGUGGUUGGGAUUAUGGAAUUGUAAAUCCUGACAGUGCAACUUUCCAACAUGAACGUUUCUUUUCCAGUCUAAUGACAUGUAUUUCAGAAAAUCGUAUAAAAAAGAAAUUAGCAUUGUGGUCAACACAUAUGUGGACUAAACUGUAUGCAAUAAGAGUAUUUAUCAAUUGCUUAGUGGUUUUGUGGAUAGUUGGAGCCUACAUGAUCAUUUACAAUGUAGCUCUCUACCAAAUGAGAGAAAAACAAAGAGAAGUGACCGGAAAAACAGGAAUUCAAGCUUUUCUUGUAAAAGUACUUCCCCCAGUUGUUAUUCUUGCAACACAAUCAAUAUCACCUGUUGUAAUGGGUAUCCUAGUUAAAUUCGAAAAAUAUCAUGCUCAGACAGAAAAUAACAUUACUUUAAUGAGAAAUGCUUUUCUAUGGCUUUCAUCUGCAUUCGUACUCAUUAUGACUUUCCAUUCUGAGAUUGCAUGUGAACCCAGAGAUGCCUGUGGAAAAGGAAUAAGUGAUUGCCGUUGUCCACGAUGUUGGGAAACAUUUGUGGGUCAGCAAUUAUACAACCUAACUAUUGUCGAUUUAUUCAUUUAUAUUGGUAUAUUCUUAUUUUUUGAUGUUCUAAGAGAUUAUCUUGUGACAAAAUUUGACAAUAAAUGCACAAGAGCCAUUGGACGUCAAACGUUUUUUUUACCAAUUCAAGUAUUGUAUCCCGUAUAUUCACAGACAAUUUUAUGGCUUGGUGUGUUCUAUGCGCCUCUGCUUCCAGCAAUUAUGGUUCUUAAACUUCAAUUUGUAUUUUAUAUAAAAAAGGCAAUGGUGUUAAAAUAUAGUGAACCUUCCAAGACUUCAUAUAAAGCAUCACGGUUCAACUCAAUGUUCAUGAUCAUCCUGAUGCUUUCUUUUUUUGCUGUGACAGCAGUUCACUUUUAUACAUUAGAAAAGAUUAAGACAUCUCAUGGUUGCAGUCCUUUUCGCAGUGCUGAUUUGAUGAUAAAUGCAAUUCGUGAUUCAUUACAGAAUUGGUCUGGAGUUCUUUUGUUUUGGACAUUUUUUCAUCAAGAAUGGUGUUUUAUUCCCAUUGCAAUGAUUUUAUUCGCUGCUAUGUAUUACUAUUAUGGAAUUAUUCGAUCUGAACAAGAACUGUCAAAAAGGAUUAGGAAUCAACUGAUUUUAACCAGCAAUGACAAGCAGUUUCUCUUGCAACGAAUUGCAACUCUAACUAAGGAUUUUAACAAAACUAUUGUAAAAAAGGAUGAAAAGGCUUCUGAAAGUAAAUGAGUGCUAAAUUUGUUGUUAAAUAAGUUUCUGAAGUUUGUUUGUAUAUUAGCACUGUAUUCUCACAUUCAGUGGUAUUUUUACACCUGUAUUCAUUUCCAUGAAUCGUAUUAAUUUAUGGCAAGUUUUUCCCCUGAGACCUGUUGCUAAUAAAAGUUCUAUUUAUUUGUUUGCU